AUGACAAAUGGGGAUUUCCAUGGGCAAUACUUAAUCCCUGAAAGUGGAGCGGCUAUACAGGAUUAUCUUGAUGACUUUCUGUAUACAUCUUGGUACACAGGAAAUCGAAAGCUCGUUGAGCUCGACAGCUUUGGAUUUCCUACUGAAGCCAACUUUACCGUGAGCGCUGAUCCAUUGAUCGGGUCUACAGUUCCUCAGCGUGUUGAUUUUCAGGGAAUCCCUUGGGGAAAUAAAGCCAUUGGACCUAGGGAAUAUUUUCGUCUCUAUAGACUACAUACGUACAGUUUGGCUUGCAAUCAUUCUGACUGGUCUCCGGAUGAAUUGUCUCUAGAUGAUGUUCGAAUUUCUCCACAUGAUCCCUUUUUUGAGUUUCAUACUUUCUAUAAGACUGCUGCGUGCGUGAAGAACCAUUUUCAUCUAUGCAAAAGUCUUGCUUUCUUUGACGAAUUCUCUCUUCUUUAUGUUAGCGAGUCUGGUAUCCAAGGACAUAAUUUACUGACUAAAGAAGUAACCGAUGUGUUUGACCUUCGCAGUAGAAUCUUACAGAAAAAUUCCAUUUGCUGUCUGUCAGCUUCUCAACAACUAGGAUGCUUUGGCACUUUAUACGGACAGUAUGGUAUUUUUAAUCCAAAAACCCAAACUUGCAGCAUUCGAAAGAUGCACGAUGAGUCUGUAAAUUAUAUUGAAUUGUUAAAUUACAGAGAUUCGGUAGUCCUUGGGUGUAAUGACGGAUCGGUGGCUUUGGAAAAUAUAGAAAAACCUGAUAAUCAAAUAAUUUUCCGUGGCACAGAUGCUGUCAACAGUACACAUCCUUCUCCUGAUUUGUCACAAUUAUUAAUAUGUUCAGAUUCAAAGAAUGUGCCAAUUUUCGAUUGGAGAUCAAAUCGAAUAAUCAAUGAAAUUUCUCACUCUGAUUCUGUCCUUACGGGAGCAUGGCAUCCGAACGGACAUAUUCUUGCUACAGGAGGCCAGGACACCACCUUAAAGGUUUGGGAUUCAAGGUUUUUAAAGUAUCCAAUCCGCACAUUAGGAAGCCAAAUGAGUGCUGUUACUAACGUAGUAUUCUCUUCAACGGGUGAGAGUCUUGCUGCGGUUGAGCAAGCAGAUUUCGUUCAGAUCUAUAACACUAAGACGUUCAGUGAUUGCCAGAUUAUAGAUUUUUUCGGUGAAAUUUCUGGCGCGAGCUUCUCUCCUUCUGGAGACACUUUCGUCGUUGGCUUAGAUGAUCCGAUGCUUGGUGGGCUUAUGGAAUUUCGAAAAGCUAUUCCCAGUCAUCUUACUUGUUUUUUCUGA